GGCGGGCGUUGCGCAUGCGCGGGGCCGGCAGCCGGGGGCCGGCGGAGCGGCGGCGAGGCCAGGCCCGAGCAGGGCGGGCGGCGGCGGCUGCGCCAUGCGCGCCUGGUAGAGCGCGGCCGGAGCGGGGCCGGCGGGGCCGCCAUGAACCUGCGGGGCCUCUUCCAGGACUUCAACCCCAGCAAAUUUCUGAUCUAUGCCUGUCUGCUGCUUUUCUCUGUGUUGCUGUCGCUACGUUUGGAUGACAAAAUUCAAUGGAGUUACUGGGCUGUGUUUGCCCCAAUCUGGCUCUGGAAGCUAAUGGUGAUUGUGGGCGCCUCAGUGGGAACAGGAGUGUGGGCCCGGAACCCGCAGUAUCGAGCAGAAGGAGAAACAUGCGUGGAGUUCAAAGCAAUGUUAAUAGCAGUAGGCAUUCACCUGCUACUGCUGAUGUUUGAAGUUCUGGUGUGUGACAGGAUCGAAAGAGGAACCCAUUUUUGGCUUCUGGUCUUCAUGCCAUUAUUCUUCGUAUCUCCUGUGUCAGUGGCAGCAUGUGUAUGGGGAUUCCGACAUGACAGGUCCCUGGAGCUGGAAAUCUUGUGUUCAGUCAAUAUUCUACAAUUCAUAUUUAUUGCACUCAGACUAGAUGAGAUCAUCAGAUGGCCAUGGCUUGUUGUUUGCGUUCCAUUGUGGAUCUUGAUGUCCUUUCUGUGUCUCGUGGUGCUCUAUUACAUUGUGUGGUCUGUUCUGUUUUUGCGCUCCAUGGAUGUGAUUGCUGAACAACGGAGGACGCACAUAACAAUGGCAGUCAGCUGGAUGACGAUUGUAGUUCCACUGCUCACGUUUGAGAUUUUACUAGUACACAGACUAGACGGGCACAAUUCUUUCUCUUUUAUACCCAUAUUUGUUCCUCUUUGGCUUUCACUGAUAACUUUGAUGGCAACAACAUUUGGGCAAAAAGGAGGAAAUCACUGGUGGUUUGGAAUUCGCAAAGACUUCUGCCAGUUUCUGCUUGAAAUUUUCCCGUUCUUGCGAGAAUACGGAAAUAUUUCCUAUGAUCUUCAUCAUGAAGAUAACGAAGAAGCAGAAGAAACGCCAGUUCCUGAGCCACCAAAAAUUGCACCAAUGUUUCGAAAAAAGACUGGAGUGGUCAUAACACAGAGUCCAGGGAAAUACGUGAUUCCACCUCCUAAAUUAAAUAUUGAUAUGCCAGAUUAAGAUGGCAACGACCUGUUAAACUGGAACUGGGAAUCAAAAGACAAAUGCAGCUCAUCUCAUGCCUUGUUCCAAUUACUUAAAAAUAGCUAUUGCUUGAUCAGUGGCUUGGAUCACAGAAAUCAGAUCUAGAAGAUAAAUUGAGGUUUUUCCACAGAGAUUUUGUGAACCUUCCUAAUGGCUUGGUUGCACACUUGCCUGUAUAGUAUUUAUAUGAACAUUUUAGCAGUGUAAUAUAUUGUUUAAAAGUCUCGUCCUGUACAGUAUAAGUAUUAUCUAAAAGUAUUUUUUUAAAAAGCCUGUAUGAAUUGCCUAUGCUAUUCCAAGUGUCUUUCAGGUCCUAAAUAUACACUUGAUUUUCAUGUCUGUGCUAAGUACUUUGAAGAUGUCUUGGUAUAGUACCUCUUUCCUUCUUUUCCUUUUCAGCCACAAUCAUUACCUUAACUGCAAAAGCACAGGAGUUUUGCGCUUCUAAGGCAAGACUGGAAAGCUUUUGGGGGGGUGGAAUGGAAUGUAUUGCAGCUUUUAAAUGAUGCUUUUGAGUUAGCUAUGUGAAUUGUUAUGUAAGUAUUUCAACUUUUGCACUGGCUUGGGAGUUAAGUGUUGCUUUUGUUGCUUUUCCAGGUUCCUUUUUCUAGCUCCUUUUGAGCAACGUGUACACCGUUCUCCCAUUAGUUUGGCAGUUUAAUAAACUCUUUCUUCUUGU